CCACUGCAAACGCGUGUCGGAGAUGCACGAACUUCACGCGCCCAGCCUUGCACUUUUCCAAUUGUCCGCCUGUCAUCAUCCCAUCCAUUCACCGGACUCAGCACCGCUUUCACCACCUCCGCACCUGCCUCACCCCGACGCACUUCUUCUUCUUGUUGCUAUUUAACUCGUGCUCUCGUUUUCUGAGUCUGCAAAGUUCAACACAUCAUCCACCACCAGAGCCAGCCCCUCACCACCACCACAGGGCACACUCCGGCACCGGCUCUACAUCCUCCUACCGCCGUCUGCGGCACUGAUCCUGCUGGGGAAUCAAGGCAUAGAGAAGACUUAGAAAUAGAACAGACAACAAUGCCGUCGACCUCGCACCGCUCCAAGCGUCCAUACCAACCCUCCAUCACAGCCUUCUUCGCCCGCCCUGACCAAUCCGACUCGAGCAUCCCACAUAUAACGACGACGCCUGCUCCGGCCCUCCCAUCCUCCGUCCAAGCAUCUCUCCUCAACGUCGGCAUGCGGGUUCGGAAGUCUGUCCCUGAGGGCUACAAGAACAAGCAGCGCGAACUCGACAACGGGGAUGCCUACAGCGUCAAGCCCGUGCAACAACUACCCACGGAGACAUACUCGCAUCCCCGCGAACUACUUCCUUUCUGCGGCCUGCACAAGAUUGGGGGCUUUGCCGAGCAGCCCGUUCACACACCCUCCUCCAACGACUGGGGCUGGCCAACCCAGCCCGUCAACUCCCAGCCGCACCUCCACCUCUUCACAACGCCCUUCUCUUCCCAGGGCUCGACCAACUCGAAUAUCUCCACCGACUCGGCCCCCGCUCGCCAGCUGAAUGCGAACUCCCACAAGCGCAGCUUCGACGACGCCGCGAACGACGUCUUCCCCCUAUCGAACACAAACAGCCUCUUCGCCCCGCUGGACGACGAGGAGCCCGUCUCCCCAAUGUCGAGCACCCCCCCACCGAACGCCUACCCGAUCAGCCACACCGCGAUGCCGCAGCUCUCACCGCAACCCCUCCGGCCGUUUGCCCAGCCACGGACACGAGGCAUGCAGCGGCUGAAGAGCGGCAACACCCAACAGCUCCAGCUCCAGGAGCUCGGGUUCAAGUCAAUGGCUCUGCCAACAACCAUGGACGCCGAGAACGCCGACAUGGGAGACGCCGAGACAGACGCCGGGCGGAACAGCUCUGAUUUCGAGGAAGCGGACUUUUUGCGGCCGGUGUGGGAGCGUGGCGAGGUGGAGAUGGGUGGGGUUUGAGACAUUCUCAUUCCACACAUUCUGGACUUGCAGUCCAAGUUUGCAUUUCUCAUUCAUGUGCGAACAAUAAGGGGUUCGAUCAUGCCCUUUUCCUUCUGUCUUGAUACCAUCUGUUUUCCUCAGGCGUUGGAGUAUGGAUCUGGGGAAUGAUUGUUGGGG